AGCUCAUAACAGACCACCAGGCGCACCGGCAGCCACCUUCUCUGCUGACUCAGUUGUGCCUUACCAGCAGUCCCUUCACCCCGAGAUACAGCAUCCAGCAACCGACGCACACUCCUCCGGUCAACCCGCCCCGACACCACCGUACAGAAAUGGCUAAGACCGCAAUCGCUUACAAAGAGAAGAUGAAGGAGAUCUCAGUUCUCUCACUCAUCUGCUCCUGUCUGUAUCCCGAGACCCGCAAAAACAUCAUGGGUGACUUUGAAGACAUGGACAUCAAGCCUAUUAACAAGCGAGCCUCAGGCCAGGCUUUUGAGGUCAUCCUGAAGCCGUCCUCCCCUGUGUCUGAUGUUGCCCACUGCGUCACCACCCCCCCAAAAAGAGACCUUUCCCUGGAGGACAUCCAGAAGAAACUGGAGGCGGCUGAGGACCGGAGGAGAUCCCAGGAGGCGCAGGUACUCCUGGCCCUGGCUGAGAAGCGGGAGCAUGAGCGCGAAGUCCUGCUGAAGGCCAUGGAGGAGAACAGCAACUUCAGCCGCAUGGCCGAGGAGAAGCUCCAGAUGAAGAUGGAGCAAAAUGAGGAGAAUCGGAUGGCUUACCUGGCCGCCAUGAUGGAGCGCCUGCAAGAAAGGGAGAGGCAUGCUCAGGAGGUGCGCAGGAACAAGGAGUUGAGAGAAGAAGUGACAGCGUGAGAAGCCCCAACAGGUUCUACGUCCUACCCCCAAACCCCCCCAACCCGCCACCACCCCCGAACCUGAGGAACACCCCUCCCCCCACCUUAUCCCACAUGUCCCCAUCCCUCCACCCCCUCGCCAUAUUCCCCCAUACUACUAUGAAACUACCACAACCUGAGACACCACCCCGAGACAGUGGGAGGUUCAAAUGGGGUUGGGGGUGGACAAAAAAAAAGCAAAAAUAAUUCCAAAAAAGAAAAAUUAAUGUCUCCCACCCACUCUUCCCAAAAAAGAAUGUUUUUGCUCUGUUUCAAAUGAGAAAAAAAGGAAAAAAAAUCAAAUUGACAAGCGACAGUGGUUGGUUUUUGUAAAUACUUCUUUUUUUGUUAUAUACAGUACGAUACAAGCAGCAAAAGUAUUGAUUGCAGUGUGCCAUUUUUCUAUAUAAGUUUCCUCUCCUUGCAUAUAUAUGGAUGUAAUGAUUUGUUAAUUUUCAUGUUUGUUCAUUUCAGCCUGAGAAUCAUUUCAGGCGUAGGUGUUUGUUGUGAGUUUGCCAGCUAGCUGAUGUUUGCUGUGACUGGCUGCGUCCUCAUAAGGCUUGCAUCCUGGCUCCGUUCCCUCAUCCCUUCAAGUGGGCACUUACUCAUUUGACCCUGCGGAUCUGGAAACAAAAUUGGAUCCGUGUUUGGUCGGAGUGAUUUUCCAUCCAGUUUAUGCCAAUGUUCCAAUUAGCAAGGGACAUGUGCAGGAAAGUUGGCACAAGGAAAGGGGACAGUUUGCUUUCUGUGGGGACUGCAAGCCAUCGCUGCACAUACACUCCUGUGAGGUAGAUGGUGACUGUACCACAGGAGAACACUAUAGCAUUUAAUGAGCCCAUCCCCAUCCUCCUUCCCUCCGUCUGCAACCUCUCCAUCUCUCCACAUACAUACAUACCGUAGAAGCACUCACUCACACGCUCUCCACAUGGGCAGGCAUUUAGCCAAUCAUAGCACAGAGCUCAGCGGGAGCUCGCUAAAUUCUGUCCAUCUGGCACCAGAAAGCUCACAUAACAUCCCUUACCAAUGGCGGGCCUCUUAUAUUCCUCAGAAACAAGCUUCCAGACACAUUUCUAAUCAUGUUUUACUGUAAUAUACAAGACAACUGAGAUUAAAGUGCAUCUGAAGAAUGAUGGAGGGCAAAAAAACUUCACCUGAGAUCAGACUGUGAAUCUUACACUGGAGAAAAUACAAAUAAAUGCCACCGUUCUCCAUUUCAUAGAGGCUAGAGUAGUGCUCAACAUCAUCAGCACCUACUGGAAUCAUUGCACUUCACUCCAAGACACUGUAAAUGCCACUGAAAGGUUGGCACAAGAAAGAUAUUGAAGCCAUAACAGGUAUCGCUGCAACAAUGAUUCAUGAACACAGUAUUGCCAUCUGUAAAGGUGUAUAUGAGUGUAUUAAAGUAUCCAAAUAGUUUGUUUACCAGGGGUGUUGAAGCCUGAGGUUGAACCCUGUCGCUCACACACGCACGGUAUUGGCCCAUAGAUGUGUGUGAGUGUGUGUGUGUAUUUCAGAAAGGACGGGUAGAUAAGCGAAUGUUUGUGCCAUGUGAAAUUGACCCGGUGAAGUAUAAACCAACACCACUACAGUGUGUAACAGCUGUCACAAGUACAUCACAGACAGUGACUAUCCUACCUGCCUCUCUCGCUCUCUCUUUCUCUCCUCUGUCCAUCUGUGUGUUUCCCCCUCUCCACAUAUAUCUUUGUGAGCAAGCAGUGGUUAAUAAAGAUUUGGGGUUCAGUGAAUAAAA